AUGCGCGCAGAGGAGGGCACCAAUCCUGGUGCUGCUGCUGCUGCUGCUGUUGCGAAUACGAAUGCGAAGAACACGAAUGACGCUUUGCAUUUGGACGAGAUCGUGAAGCGGGACGGCUACUUGGAACGCAUCGUUCUCGAGGAUGAGAAGACGAAGACGAAAGCGAGACGAGUUUUGAAGUGCUCGAUAACCGGGCACGCGUUCACGCUUCCGUCAGAGGAGGAGGAAAAGGAGGAGGACAAAGUAGCCUCCGUUAUAAACGUCCUGGAAAGUUUCUUGAACGGGAAAAAGCGGAAACGCUUACGAGAGAAGAAAGAAGAGGAAGCGAAACUGACCGAAGAGUACGCGCCGGCGCUCGUCCAAUCGAAACAUCUUCCGGAGAAGUUUUUCUGCCGAGUGACGGGGAAAUACGUCCCUAAGAUUGAGAAGCUCGUGGUGGAGCAUUGCUCGGGGAAGCGGUUUACGGUCGGUGAGGCGAAAGUGGUCGGGAAGAAACAGACGCUGUUGGAGGAAGGAGAUCCGCGGGAGGAGGAAGAGGCGAAAGAGAAGAGGAAAGAGGAGAAUCGACGGGUGGCGGAGAAGCUGAGAGAAAUGCGAUUGAAAGAGUGGGAGGAGAGACAAGCGAGGAGGAAAAUAGCCAUGCAAGAGGAAGGCGAGGAGAGCAUGGAGGAAGAAGAGGAAGAGGAGGAAGAAGAGGAGGAAGAAGAGGAAGAGGAGGAAUCCGAAGAAGAAGAAAUAGAAGAAGCGCCGAGAGAGAAGAAGCGAGCAAAGAGAUGA